CACCUCUUGAACGGACAGGUCUGGGUUGGUCCGUUCCUCGGACACUUAAAAUACAUUACGGUGACAGGACCAAAUCAGCACCACAGAAGAAGAACUUCAAGGUGUAGCCACUCUAGCUCGUUGCGCCUGGUUAACACAGCCGUUCAGAUCCCGAAAGGCCAACGGAUCUCCCGCCUGGAUAGUUUCGGAAAUCCCCCGAACGGGACACUGUGUAUCUUCCACUCAGGGCUCUCUCCGUCUCCAGCCCACCUCCUCCUCCUUCAUCAUGACCUCCACACACACAUGCUCCCUUAUUCCCCCCCUGGUGUUCUUCUCCUUCCUGUGGUCCUCAGCGCUCUGCUUCCAGCCUCUCUUCUCUUUGGUGGGAGAUUCCUCCACUCACCUUGAGAUCACACAGAGGGCGUUGCUCUACAAGUCAGCCGAGGUGUGCCGGGCGUUGGCCUCCGCAGAGGGCCGAGACUUCAGCCUGACGAUAGACGACAGCUUGACGAGCUCCGAGGUGCAGCGGGCGUGCUCCACGAGCGGAUCCACGCUCCUCUCGACCGUCAUGUUCCAGACGGCCAUCACCAACAUAUACCUGAGCAAUGCCGCAAUAGACGUGGCGCUGGCGCUGGACGAAAGGGUCCACUUCGACGACGAGGAGUUCCAGGGAGGACGUGAUGUCAUAACAGCAGGCGUGUCUGCGGUGAAGGCCAGCGUGAAGCUGGAGAACUUUGUGGCUGGAAGGCUCAACCUGGGAUUCGUCUGUCACACACUUCAGGACUUCUACAGCCACAGUAACUGGGUAGAGCUGGGGAACAAAGCCCCGUACAGCACCCUCAUCAGGCCAGACCAACAGCUGGAAAACCUGGCAGGCUCGAGUGUCCCGACCUGUCGGAGCUGCAUCGACGGGGACUGCACCGACAACAUCCUGCCAGACGUUCUGCAACAGGGACUCCUCACAUCUGGCUACUUCAACCUGUUCUCCUCAGCCAAGCCAGCAGGUAAGUGCAGCCAUGGUGGGGCGUUCGACAAGACCAGCCUGCGGGACCCGGUGGGCGGGAUCAGCAAGGAUGACCCCGGAUCCCCCCACGGGGCCCUGCACCACCAGGCCGCCGCCCUGGCCGUCAACGCCACCAUAGAGCUGCUGGAGGACAUCCGAUUGGCGGUGGGGGACAAGAACUUCCUGCGGUUGAUGGGCCUCUCCCAGUCUUCUGUGCUGUGCUUCGUCAUCGACACCACAGGCAGCAUGAGGGAUGACAUCGCCGAGGCCAAGCGUGUGUCCUUCUCCAUCAUAGACAGCAAGAGAGGAACACAGGAGGAACCCUCAGCCUACAUCCUGGUCCCCUUCAACGAUCCAGGUUUUGGCCCGUUGCUCAUCACAACAGAUGCAGAUGUGUUCAAAGCAAACAUCAACCGGCUGACAGCAUCUGGAGGAGGAGAUAUACCAGAACUCUGCCUUUCCGGACUGCAGCUGGCCCUGGCGGCAGCUCCUCCCUCCUCUGAGAUCUUCGUCUUCACUGACGCUCCUGCAAAAGACGCACACCUAAAAGGUGCCAUCACUGCCCUCAUAGAGAGCUCCAAGUCUGUGGUGACCUUCAUGUUAACAGAUGUAACGGCCAGUCGACGGCGCCGCCGUGAGGCUCAGGGAGGGACUCUGCGGGUCAUGAGUCAAUUAGAUGCCCAGCUGUACCGGGAGUUGGCUCAGGCCUCUGGAGGACAGGCCAUAGAGGUCACCAAGUCAGACCUGACCCUGGCCACUAGCGUCAUAGAAGACUCUUCAGCCCCCGCUGUGGUCACGCUGAUCCAGGCUAUAAGGAAGCCAGGGAAGCCAGACACCUUCAGCUUCCAGGUGGACGGAUCCAUGAGAAACCUAACUGCCUAUAUCACAGGAGCUGCUUCCCUCACCUUUAACCUCACAAGCUCCUCAGGUACCUCCCAGGGCUCCAGCCAGCCCAGCGGCCCAUUGGGAACCUUCUCCACCGUGGGCAACCUGAGACGCUUCAGCCUCCACACUGACAAUCAGACGGGAUUAUGGGAGAUAUCGGUUAAUUCCAAUGAUCCCUACUCGCUCAAAGUCACUGGUCAAAGUUCAGUGAACUUCAUCUUUAACCUGAUGGAGGUGCAUGAGGGAGGCCACAGGGGCUACAGUCUGAAAGAGGGCCGCCCACUCACAGGAGGCAAUGCUAGCCUACUAGUGACAGUGACAGGAAGUGACGCCGCAAAGCUCACUGAGGUCACUCUGGUUGAAGGCUCAGGGUCACGCCAGGUCAAUGGAUCAAUUCGGGCGCUGGGCAACAGUAACUACCUGGUCACCUUCCCCAACGUGCCAGAGGGGGAGUUUUCGGUGCGUCUGAGGGGUGAAGAGAGUGCCAGCACCCCCUCAAGAUCCACGUCAGCCCCCGGCACCUUCCAACGCCAGGCCAACACCCAGAUCAAGACUUCCAGCAUCUCCGUCUCGGUCCAAGCCAACGCCACCUCAGUAGAACCGGGCUCCACCAUCUCAGUCCCCUUCACCGUCUCCUCCACCGCCGACGGGGUGGUCAACGCCAGCGCGACCGGCACGUACUCUGUGCGCGUCAGCAACGACCAAGGUUACACCAGCACGGCGCCUGCCACCGUAACCCUGGGCGACGGGGGAACAGCCAACGGCACGGUGGAGCUGAUGGUGCCAGGGACCGCGGCGAGCGGGAGCGCCGUGACGCUGACUGUGGAAGCAGCUAAGGACGCCGACGUCAACUACGCUGUGCUGAGGCUCGCAUUGGCUGCCAAGGUGACGGAUGUCUCGGGGCCCGUGUGUCAGAUGAUCUCCAUAUCAGACGCAUGUCCCUCCAGCUCCGCCCUCUGUAGCUCCGCCCAGUGGCAGUUCUCCGCCCAGUUGACAGAUGGGGCAAACGGUACCGGCAUUGACUCGGUCUCCGUCCGCCAGGGGAACGGGACGCUAAACACCAGCCAGCAGGUUGGAGCGGCCGGAGAGAACGUCACCAUGGUUACCUUCAGUGCCUCCUGCUGUGCGCAAACAGUAGAGCUGGUAGCUGUGGACCAGGCGGGGAACGUGGGCACUUGCAGGGGACAAGCGAAAAUCGAACAGCCCACCACGCUGGCGCCGCCGCCGGGCAUCACUACUGCCAGUGCAGUUCAAACAACGUCCACCUGGUGGCCUAUGACGUCCACCGGGUGUCCACCUCUGACUAUGUCUUCGUUUCUGUGGAUUGGUGUCGCCGUCUCCCUCCUCUCGCUUUGAAUUGGGUUAAACGGUUACAUUUUUGGGGCUGUAGGCCUACUGGAUUUUAUCUAAAGAAAAUACUAUUAAGUUUGAUCACCCCUUCACUGAACAUAGUCUUCUGUCCUCUGCUAUGUGCCAUUUAUGUUAGACUCUACUUUUUCUAUUAAUCCUAAUAUGUCCUCUUUCCUCCUCACCCCUCCUUCCAUGGACCUCCCCUUUACUCAGGGAGGUCAUCUCCUCCCUGGUUGUCGUGGAUAACCGCCUUAUAAUAAUCCCAUUAUAAUAUAACCAAUCAGAGACAGCCUAAUUAAAAUCAGUUACAUAUAACCAUUCAGAGACACCUAAAUUAUAAUAGUUUCAAAAUAUAACUAAUCAGAGUCAAAGAAGUUAUAAUAGUCGUUUUAUAAUCUCACCGAUCAGAGGUAACCACAUUAUAAUAGUUCCAUGAUAUAACAAGAGGCAACAACGUUUAUAAUUAUCUCAUUAUAUUAUGACCAAUAAUAAUAAGAAACCAAUAACCACCAGUUACUGUAUAAUUUAUGCAAUGAAGUAGGCUACUUUGUACAGGUUUUACUGUUCGGAAUGUCAUGUUUUGUCUUUAUUAUGGUUAGUGUUUUUUUCUCCCCCUGUCCAUCAGAUGUUAACGUUCCAUCUCGCUUCGCAGUUCCUGUCACUCCCGUCUGCAAUCACUUAAUUUCCCUCACCUGAGCUUUUCCUGGCAAUCUUUCCACCUACACCUCAUUCCUCCAUUAGUCUCUCCCUUUCACCUGUUCUGUUGGUUCUUCGUUUUUGUCAUGCCCCUUGUUCCUCUUGGUUUCUAAAUUGUACGGUUUUAUUUUGUCUUUUCAUGAAAUGGAGAUCCCGUAUCUUUAUUAAAGGCUCUUUUUUGUUCAGUUUUCUGAGUUGUCUGCAAUUGUAUUCUAUCCUUCCUUCUUGUACAUGCUGGCCCGCCAUCACUUGACCGGCUGGUGUGCAUGGUUGGUUUAAAGCAGGAAAGUGCCCAGGCAACACCUGGCACAUUGCUUGUACUGUGAUGUACAUAAAUUGACCGUGGUUCUCUUUAUUUCAUAAUAUGCAAAAGGAGUGGAUGCUUUUAUUAGUAGGCUAUUCAGCUUCAGACUGUUGGCCGACACACUUUACAGUGGGUCUACAUUAUGGGGUAAAAACGGACCAUGAGAAUGUAAUUUUAAGAGCAGAACAAACCGAAAUAUUUGACGGUAUUUUUAAAUUGGUUUUGUAAGGAUAGCAAUAUACUGCCACCUUGUGGUUUUUGCCUAAAUUCGCUAUUUGAAGGCGGGCGUUACCUGUCUGGAUGAUUGACACCUAAAUGUGUUGCCCCAU